CCCCACGCCCCGUAACCCAACCCGUGGGCUGGCGGGUGCAACCGCGGGGCCCACGCAGGGACAGGACGUGCCUGGGGGUGCUGCGGGGAUGGCCACCCCCGGAGCACUGUGCUGGGCACCCCGGGGUGCACCGCCCGCUCUGGGCUCCUGGGGUGGUCCCGCACCCAUCCAGGGCUGGGUUUGGAGCCGGUGCUGGGGAAGGGCUGAGCUUUCCCAGCUUGUGUUGGUGGUGGCUGCUCCCAAACUGGGCAUGGGGCUGGGGUGGCAGCUGCGGGGUGACUGGGGUGGGUGCCCUGGGGUGCCCCAAGUGGCAGCUGCCAGCCCAGGAGGGUCCUUAGCAUAACACGUAAUUAAUCACCAGGAGGCAGAGAUGGGCCCUGGGGGCAGCUGGGGCUCUGUACUGGGCUCCCCAGCUGCUCCCAGUAACACCUGAGUGCUCUGUAGCACAGGCAGAGGCACCUUGGGGUGAUUAGGGAUGGAAAGGUGCCUCCACCCUAUAAAAGUGCCCCCUCCCACCCCCUAUGGCUGUUUUGGGGCUGCUGGGGGUGGGCUUUUUCCCUGGGCAGGGUGGGUGCGCUGGCUGCUGUGCCCUUGGGGGUCCCCAGGGUGGGGCAGCACCCCCAGCUCCAGCAGCUCUUUUGGAGCGAGCGAUGCCCAGCAGCCCCAGGGCUGGGGCUCUGCGCUUGGGGUGUCGCUGUCUGUCUGUCCCAGCCAUGGCGGAUUUGGGGAUGGUCACCCCACGUGCGAAGAGACGCCGCAAGGAGAGCAGCAGGGACCGGGGGCUCUCGGCCACCAAGGCUGGGGCUCGCCGGAGGGCCAGGAGCGGGCAGAGUGAAGGGGACCAGGGGGAGCAUCACCCACUGCGGGGCUGGGACCCCUUGGAGUGUGUCCCGUGUCCCCCCAUGGCACCUGUGACCCCUGGGAAGGGACGGCUGGCGAAGCUGCGUCUCGAAGGGGAGCGUCGCAGGCUGGCGUCAGCUUCACCCAGGGAAAGGAAGCCGGUGAACCCCCUGUUGCAGCCCUGCUAUAAGGGUGCCUAUUUCUCGGGGCUCCCUGCAGAUGAGUGCCAGGACCCUGCUGUGCCCACCCUGCUGGUCCCCGCAGCCCCGGUGCCUGGCAGGGAUGGUCCCCGGAAGACCCGCAGCACGCCGGAGCGCACCCUCGUCCUGGAGCUGGAGGGGACCCUGGUCUGCUCCUCCGUGCUCAGCAGCUGGUGGCAGGGUGCUGCGGCCACCUUCACCACGGUUUUCCAGGGGGACUCCUACGAGGUCCACGUGAAGCUGCGUCCCCACGUGCAGCAGUUCCUGGAGAGCCUUUCCAAGACCUACGAGAUCUUCAUCUUCACAACUGCGAAGCAGGACUAUGCUGAGAAGGUCCUGGAUGUGCUGGACCCCAGGAAGAAGCUGAUCAGGCACUGCCUCACCCAGCGGGAUUGUCUCUGUGCCCGGGGCUCCUACUGGAAGGACCUGACCUGCCUGGGCAGGGACCUGGCCAAGACGGUGGCCCUGGACCACACCAUCCAGGGCGUCCCCGCUCAGGCCGCCAACUGGAUCCCAGUGCCGAGGUGGUGGGGCGACCCGCGGGAUGAGGAACUGCUGCACCUCACCCCACUGCUGGGACAGCUCGCCCAGUUGGAUGAUGUGCGCACCGAGAUCCAGCGGCGGUUCCCGCACGGUAGGCUGCCUGCCGGGGACUAGGCCAGCCCAGGCGGAGAGGACCGGGAUGGAGAAAACACCUCGGAGGGGCUGGUGGGUCUGGCACCGCUGCGGGGGAAGCCGUGCUCCAGCGCGUCCAGGCUCUAACUCAUCCACCGCGCUGGGCUGGAGGGUGUUUGGGCAAAGCCGUCGCCCCCAGGCCCCAGGCGGAGUGCGAGGCACGGAUCCCAGCCCGUCCCCGGGGCUGGGGGUCCCCCCGGGGAGAACCCCUUGCUCUCAGCUCCCACUUGAGGAAAAGCUCCAUCCCGGCUCCCUGUAAGCUCUGUAAGGUCCAGCCGAGGGCUGGUUUGCCAUGGGUGAUUAUACGCUUGGACAAAGGU